UUGUAGGAGACCUAAACUACAGCCAACAUGAAGCUGGGCUCUGUCCUCGCAGCCUGGGCCCUCUACCUUUCCCCUGCUAUGCUCUGGGCAGCCCAGAUGUUACUGGCUGGAUGUCAUGCAGCUGCCAGUUUAGAGACGCUGCAGUGUGAAGGACCUGUCAGCACCAAGGAGAGCAGCUGCCACACGGAUGAUGAGGACUUGGCUAGCCAAAGGGAAGCUGGCUUCCAGGCCAAGGGCUACACUUUCAGUCAACCCUUCCAUCUGAUCGUGUCCUACGACUGGCUGAUCAUCCAAGGCCCAGCCAUGCCAAUAUUUGAAGGGGACUCCUUGGUUCUGCGCUGCCAGGCCUGGCAAGACUGGCCACUGACUCAGGUCACCUUCUACCGAGAUGGCUCGGCCCUGGGUCCCCCUGGACCUAACAGAGAAUUCUCAAUCGCUGUGGUGCAACAGGCAGACAGCGGGCACUACCACUGCAGCGCCAUCUUCAGAAGCCCUGGUCCUGGGAGCCCAGAAACAGCAUCCUCUGUGGCUAUCACAGUCCAAGAACUGUUUCUAGCUCCAGUUCUCAGAGCCACACCCUCAGCUGAGCUCCAAGGGGGAGGUCCAGUGACCCUGAGCUGUCAGACAAAGCUGCCCCUGCAGAGGUCGACUGCCCGCCUCCUCUUCUCCUUCUACAAGGAUGGAAGGACAGUGAGAAGCUGGGGCCUCUCCUCAGAAUUCCAGAUCCCCGCAGCUUCAGAAGAGCACUCUGGGUCAUACUGGUGUGAGGCAGCCACUGAGGACAAUCAAGUUUGGAAACAGAGCCCCCAGCUAGAGAUCAAGGUGCUGGGUCCCGCCAGCUCUGCUGCGUCUCCCACCUUGAAUCCAGCUCCGCAGAAAGCAGCUGCUCCAGGAACUACUUCAACUACGGAGCCGCCUGGGCCGCCGCCUGGGCUGCCCACUCCUUCUCCUGAGGAUCCAGGCUUCUCUUCUCCUCAGGGAGUGCCAGACCCCUACCUGCAUCACCAGAUGGGCAUUCUUCUCAAACACAUGCAGGACGUGAGAGCUCUCCUGGGCCACCUGGUCAUGGAGCUGAGGGAACUGUCUGGCCACCAGAAGCCUGGGACCACAGAGGCUGCUGCCAAACAGAAGUAAACAAUUCACCCACGAUAUUGCUCAACCACCCCAAUAAAUACAAUUCUUUCUAUUAUUUUUUACUUUUCCUGGCCUGCACAUAUGCAUAAGUAGUUUUCCAAGUUGUCCCAGUGUUUUGUUAGAAUAAUGGAGAUAGGUGAGGCAAAUAAGUUGUAUAAAGUGAUAACCGGAAUUGAGCUACAAUUGUGUAUUCUCUUGUACCUUGACAACAUUGAGUCUGCUCUUUCUAGACCAGGAAUUUCCUUCUGUUGUCCAGACCAGAAUCUGGGGAUUUAACGAGAAGCAAUGGAAAUGGAUUUAAUGCAGCAAUCUGAAGUGGGAAUAGUUUUUCCAUCCAGGGGACAUUUGGCAACAUCUGAAGACCUUUUUGUCAUCAUACAGGGGAUGGAACCUGUGUGCUACUGGCAUUUAGUAAGUAGAAGCCAGGGAUGCUGCUAAAUAUCUUAUAAUGCAUGGGACAUUCCCCAUGACAAAAGAUUAUCUGGCCCUAAAUGUCAAUGGUGCUGAGGUUGAGAAACCCUAGCCUAAUGAAACCCUAGGGGUUGGACUCUGGAGGAGCCUUUGCCCCUUCUAAUUAUCGUCUCCUUCCAGCCUUCCUCCCAGCAGCAAGUCUUAUUUGCAUGCUAGUAUUUAGUUGGUGCUAUGGUCUGAAUGUUUGUGUACCCCCCAAAUUCAUAUGAAAUCCUAAUCCCACAGGUAAUGGUAUUAGAAAGUGGGUCACUGGGGUGUGAUUAGAUGAA